UGCUAGUCAGGAAAGAAGUUAGACUUGGUACCCAGGGUAUUGUGCUCUCAAUAAUAUAAUGUUAAAAGAACUCAUUAUAACCAUAUUAUCUCAGCAUAUGAUGCUGAAUGACCUCAUCAUAAAAACUCAACAGCAAAAGGUAAUGAGCAGUCCAUUGACAACUCAUGUUCUAGACACCUCUGCAGGCAGUCCAGCCCGGCAAUUACCAGUGAAAGUUUUUUAUGAAAACAUACCAGCAAGUAAUACCUGGACACUUGUUGCUAUUGGAGCUACAAAUGGUGAUGGCAGGGUUCCUAAUCUUUUAACUCAGGAGAAGUUUAAACCUGGACAUUAUAAGAUAAUGUUUGAUACUGAAACCUACUUCAAAUCAUUGGAUAUCAAAGAGUACUUUUACCCUUAUGUAGAGAUUAUUUUUAUCAUCAAGGACUCAAGCCAGCACUACCAUGUUCCCUUGUUGCUAAGUCCAUUUGGUUAUUCCACUUACAGAGGAAGUUAAGGAAAACAUGCAAAUAUCAUUACUUGAGAAACACUGAUAAAUUCAUAUUUACAAUUGAUUUGGUGCUUGGGAAUAAACAGAAACAAUGUACAAAUAGUAAUUGAACACAACUGACCUUGUGAAAUAGUUAGGAUAAAACAUAAAUUCAAACAACUAUUUUGGCAAAUGGAUCCUAAAAAGGAGUAGAUGUGAAUUAAGAAUACUUUUCAAAUAUUUUUUUGUUUUCAAAUUACCUUGAAUAUAGUAUUUUUUAUUCACAUGUACUAGUAGAUCCUAGCAUGGUCAAGUUCAUGGAAUGCAGUAAAGACAAUAAUUUAUACCUUCUUUUUUUAUUGGUAAAUGAUAAAGUUAUUAAAAAUCUGAUUCAAAAUAUUUUAACAAAUUUAUGACAUACUAAUUCAAUGAAUUUUUUACCUCGUAAGCAUUUCUAUUGGUUACCAAGAAAGUACAAAGUUUAUCCCAAAAUAGAUUUAUAUUUUUUCAUCAUCACUCUGAAUUACAAAAGCUUUUUUUCUAUUUGAAGUGUUUAAAAGCCAGUGACUCUUUUUGAAAAAUAAUCACUUUCUAGCAUGAGCAGCAACAUUAACAGAAGUAAUACAAAAUACCUAGCAUACAAAAUAGAGCAAUAUUGUCAGAAUGAAAUGUUAUUAUGUCUUUUUGAUAAUGCAAUCCUUGUCUCGCCCUCUUCCUAGGUUACAACCAGUGACCUGGAAUCAACUGCUUUUUCCCCUCAGUGCAAAAGAAAACCAUUCAGAUUGGGGCAGUAUCUUGUAUACCAAAUUGAUUCCCAUACAUUGGUAGCCUCCUUCCAGCUUCAUAGCCUAUCCUUUUGUCUGGCACCCUGUCCAAGCCCGACAAAAGGGUAUGCUGCGAUGAAGACUAAUAUAUUUGUUGCAACUCAAGAAAAGGUCAUACCAAGAUAUGACAGAUUGCAAAUACGUCAUUUGGAUUUUGUUGCAAAAGUUUUAACCAGCCAGUAGAUUAAAAGACACCUAAGGCUGAUUUACACAAUCUUUUGACAAACCUUUUUGAUGUUCAAGACAGAUAAACAUACUGUGAAUAGCUUAUGAUUAGAUGUGUGCGACCAACAACUUGUUGGAAGUCUUUGAUGGCUGAAAUCCUAUGAGACAUGUUAGCCAUGACAAGUUGUAAUUAUGUAAAUCAGUCUUUUGCAUUUAUCAGAACUUUAGCCAAAAGUUUGUAUGAACAAAAAUGAGAAGUUCCUAAGUAUGCAGUUAUAGGAAAAUUUCUGAAUAUCAAAUAAAGAUUAUAUACAUAUCUA